GUGAAAAUAUUAAAAUAAAUAUUGAAGAUAUUUUACAUAAAGUCAAUUCUAUUGAAAUAAUAAAUAAACUAUUGGACUUGGGUUUUCAUAGCUCUAUGGAUCCAUUUACAUUAAGAAUAAUACACAGCAAAAAUGGUAUUGAAAGGCUUAAGAAAUUAUAUCGUAUAUAUAAAAAUGAACAAAUAUAUGAAUAUUCAGGUUUACUCCUCAACUCUGAAAAUUUAAAGUCAUUUUUAAUAAAUAAUCCAUAUGAUAUAAAGAAAAUAGUUAAACGUAAACGUUUAGAAAAAGAAGUUUUUUAUAACAUUCAACCAGAGUUUAUAAAACUAUACUAUUCAUUCAUCGAGGGAAAAGAAGAAUUUCAGUAUUUCGAAAAGAAAAUACACAUUGAAAAUUUUAUAUACAGGUUUUUUGAAAGUUGUUUAGAUGCCAAAGAAACUACAAAAUUAGAUUCACUCAAAGAUAUCAUUCAAUCAAUUCCAUCAUCAAACAACAGUAAAGAGGUUCUUCUCUAUCGUGCACUAUUCGAAGAAUCAAAAACAACAAGAGAGUCAGAGCUUUUAGUAGUCAGGGAUCAUUUGGUCAUUAGUUUAUUAAAAGAUAGUGAGCUUUCCAUCGCAAAAUCACUGGAAUAUUCAAACUUGGAUUUAAUUGAAAGUCUUGGAAAGUCACUUUGUAGCCCACUCAAGUACCCACUAAAAGAAGCAAUAGAAAAUUGUGAUUUAGAUAAAGUUAAAGCAAUUUUUGGACAUAAACUAUUUAAUACUAGUAUUGAAAAAGAAUAUAAAGCACACGUCAAUAAAACAGGAGAUGAUAUUCAACUAUUCAAAAUUAUCGAAUUUUUCAUUUUAGAAAAAUAUUCAGCGGGUGUAGUCAAUUGUUUAGAAUUAAUAUCACCACAAUCAUGGGAAACUUUAGCUUAUAAUAUCAAAAUAUUGAAAAAUGUUAAUGAUAUUUCAAUUACAAUGGUACAAGUUUUUUGUUAUUCUAUUAAUGUUUUAUCAGUUUCCACAAUUCAAUUCUUUUUAAAUAAUACUAGCUUUAAUCCUAUAGCACAGGACCCUGAAUUAUUUAUACAGUAUUGGGAAAGUACAACUCCAAUAAAUCAAAAUAGAAUUUUUAAUAGAAACAUAGACAUGGUGUCUUUCGAUUUAGUAGUAUCAACAUUACCAUAUAGUAAAAUAAUUUCAAUAAUAGAGCUGUUAAUAAAUUUUAAUAAUAGUAAUAAUAUUAAUAACAAAGAUAAUAGUAAUAAUAUAGAUAACAAUACCACAGCAAAAAUAAUUUUAAUACUUAUUAAUUAUUUAUAUAAAAUAUUAAUUCAAGUUAAUAACAUCCCAAUAGAAAAAUUAAUGUAUAUCUAUCAGGUUUUAAAAUUAAAUAAUAUCGAAAUUAAACAUUCCAAAUAUCACACAGUUUAUUAUCUUUCAAUUAAAUCACCAGUAUUUAUAAAAUAUUUGGUAGGCUCACCAUCUUUUAAAGAAAAACUACUUUUAAAUCAAUUCUAUGAAAUUCCAGAUGACUAUGAAAAUACAAAUGAUUUGGUUAAUGUAGCAUUAAACCAUGACAUUAUUAAAUAUUUAGAUUCUAAAACAUUUACAUUUGAAUUAAUAUUUAAUAAAGAAAUCAACUACUACUGUAAUUAUUUUUUUGCAAGAAAAAUAUCACCAACAACAGAAACAAUAGCAACAACAGACGCAUCAGUAUCAUCAACAUCACAACCACCACUUUUAUCAACACUCCAAAUCCAACAAUCAUCCAUAAACCCAUUGCUAUUACAAAUUAUUAAUCAAAUAUCAGUAAUCAUUGUAUAUUCUUGUAUUAUAAUACAUGGUACACCCAACCAUGAGGAUGUUCUGAAAUCAAUAAACUAUAAUUUAAAAUUCUUUUUAGAUAUAAAAGAAGUCGAUUUAUUUAUAAACGAGUUUCGAUUUAUUCAAGAUUUAGAACAAUUUAAAUUUUUAAAACUCUCACCAGGACUAUUUUAUAUGGCACAUCAAAGUGGAGUAACAGACAUACUCUUUAAAUUCCCAGAGAAAUUAAAUUUGACAGAGUUUCAAAUUAAAUAUCUAUCGGAACUUGAAAAAUAUGAAAAACUACCAAAAGAUCAAAAAAACAACAGUCAAGAUUUUAAUUGUUGGUUAAAUGAAGUCAAUGAAGAAGAUGAGACACCAUUGGUAUUGAAGUAUCAUCAAGUUUACUAUGGUGGUUUAGCAAAAGAAAUAACAGAAUUCAUUUCAAAUAAGAGUUUGGAUGACCUCAUCAUAACAUUUCCUUUCGAUUUUUAUUUAUUCCUUUUAAAAACCUACAACAAAUUUACAAAUUUAAAACCCUCAAAGACACUUAUAGACGAAGCAAUUAAAGAAAAUAAAAUUUAUUUUUUAAAACUCUUAUAUCAAAACUAUUUAAUAAAUAAUAAUGACAAUAACAAUAAUAAUAAUAAUAAUAAUAAUAAUAAUAAUAAUAAUGCAGACAUCAAUAUUAAUGGUAAUAAUAUAGAUGAUAACAAAGAUCAAUUAUUAAACUAUUUAAUUGAUGUUUUAAAAAAUCAUCAAGACUAUAAAUAUAUAAAUUGGUUAAAUUAA